ACAGAGAACUAAAAAGUAGUUCACAAGUGUAUUAGGUCAGCCACAAACCUAAAGCGAACACAACUUGCUGAUAGUGUUUACUCACAGCGUGUGAGAGUGUUCCUUUUUAGAAGAACAAAUCUAGUUUAAAUCAGCCGAGGCGACUUGCAGUAUUCGCAAUAUCUAACAAACAAAUAAACAAUGUAAACUGUAUUUAUUGUUGCUCACCGAUAAAGUGAAUGAUCUUUUAUACUUUAUUUAAUGCAUAGAUAGUUUAUUUACAAUGCUUAACAGUUUCAUUAAUAUAUACUACUUAGGGGUGCACGGGGCAUCUGGAACUGCAUGAACUGAACUUUACAAAUAAAACCCCAUAGAAAUAUCAGACACACGGACGCAGCGCGCCGGUUCAUUUCAUAAGCUGAUUUUGCAGAUGAACGAAGCGAGGAGAGGCAGAUGCUCGGUAGACUGGGAGUCUGUGGCGUUUUCAAGAGAAGACUGGUAUGUCUGGCCCCAACUGGAUGUCUCCAAGAACGCAGGGUAGCCCAGAUAGAGCUACAACACCAAUGUCACACGCUGGCCCCGCUCUCUACAGACCGACCAAAAAAGGUCUACCCGACCAGAGGCCCAAAUAUAACAUGUAUGACCAAAACGGCGGAACAGGAGGAAAUAGCAUGCCUGUAAGAUAUAUGGCUACUGGACCUUCAGGUGUAACCAUGCAACACCAGCAUCAAGAUGAUCGCUCGGGGUCUACUACCUACUACCCAUUGUCUCCACAAUCAGGAGACCGAUACUAUGCUCUAGGCCAGGGACCUAAAGAUGAACACCACACAUGGAACCCCCACAUGGCCAGCCAUGAACUUCAUAAUCUGGGAUCAGAGAAGCACAUCUCUAAUAUUGAUGCAGAGAUAGACUCUCUUACAUGCAUGCUGGCUGACCUGGACAGUCACCCUCAGAACUCAAGCACACAGUUGUAUGACAAUGUGCCUUACAGCAAGAACCUCCCUAUUGACCGCUAUAACCCACCCAACCAGAUGGGGGCUCCACCACCAAGCAGACAAUCAAUGGGCUACCCCCCUCCACUCCAAAACCAGUACCACCCUGCCCCACCUUACACCUCUACGCCUCAGCCAGACUAUGUUUACUCCUCUGUCGCCUCUUCCAUCCACAAACCUUAUCCACAACCAGUGCCUGCCUCCUAUACCACUGCCUCCACCCCAACCGGUCCACGUUUCACCGUACAGGUGAAAACGGCUCAACCCGUCACCUAUUCUCAGAGCGGACGGCAGGCAGAGCAAGCUUACACCCCUCCACCACCCUGCCAGCAUGCCUCUUACCCCCCUCAGCAAGAACGGCCACAUUAUGAGCCGCAGGGACAACGCUGGUACCCAGCGCCACCACCUCCUGCACAAGAACCUCAUGGAGAUCCAGCUGCCUAUAAGGGGGGGUCAGGAAAUAUGUCAGGAGGGCGAGCCGGCCAGGGACCACCAGUGAAGAAGAGUCAGGACCAAGUGUCAGCGUAUCAGUCUAACAAGCAGGGGGCAGCACCACACCCAGAGGAAGAGUUGGAACGACUCACCAAGAAGUUAGUGUAUGACAUGAAUCAUCCCCCUACUGAGGAAUAUUUUGGUCGAUGUGCUCGGUGUGGGGAUAAUGUUCUGGGAGAUGGCAGUGGCUGUAUUGCCAUGGAGCAGGUGUUUCAUGUGGAGUGUUUCACCUGUAUCACCUGUCAUGCCCGUCUCAGAGGCCAGCCCUUCUAUGCACUAGACAGGAAGAGCUACUGUGAGAGCUGCUAUAUAAGCACACUUGAGCAUUGUUCGAAAUGCUCAGAUCCCAUCCUAGACCGGAUCUUGAGGGCGAUGGGAAAGGCUUACCACCCUCGCUGUUUCACAUGUGUGGUUUGCGGCUGUUGCCUAGAUGGAGUGCCUUUUACUGUGGAUGCCACAUCUCAGAUCCACUGUAUUGAUGACUUUCACAGGAAGUUUGCUCCCCGCUGCUCGGUAUGCAGCCAGCCCAUAAUGCCAGAGCCUGGGCAGGAGGAAACCGUGAGGAUCGUUGCACUGGAUCGCAGUUUCCAUGUUAACUGCUAUGUAUGUGAGGACUGUGGUCUUCUCCUCUCUUCAGAGGGCGAGGGCAGAGGCUGCUAUCCCCUGGACGGACACAUCCUGUGCAAGAGCUGCAGUGCCCGUCGCAUCCAAGAUCUUUCUGCCAAAAUCUCCACCGACUGCUAAUGCCCUCGUCCCAUCACUCUGUGCCCUUUCUCUCCUUCAUGCUUAUUUUUCAGAAUGUACCACCAUCUAAACAUCCACCACCUGGUAUUUCUUUCUCAUCCUUGACUUUACGUGUUGAUCGCACAAAUAAUAUGAAGUCUUCCCUCUCAGGGUUGCAUAGAGCUGAGGAGAAAAAAAUAGCUCUUGUGCUUAGGGUAGUUUCACUGGAAAGCUGUUUCCUCAAGAAUAUAGAAAAACAGGUGGUGAAUGAAAUAUGAUGGUUAUUGUGUAUAAUCCUCAGCAUAAAAAAUGUGAGUCUUGUAAACAGGGUGCAUUUCUUCCUUUGGAGAAACAGUCACUUUUACAACACUUAAAAUAAUAACCUUUAAUGGAAAUAUAGUAACAAUGACAGUUUUCUCAAAUAAUGCCCCAAUUCUGCUGGCAGUUGGGGUCAAUUCAUAUUGUCUCCAUUCAGAUCAUCUUUGUUCUUUUAUCCUCUCAAAAACAAAAACGU